GCCGCCUCCCUGCAGCCGGACAGCCGUGAAGGAGUGACGGUGAGCGGCCCUGUGAGGAGGAGGAAGGAUCACGGAGAACCGAGCCGUGCCGAGCCGCAGCAGGCUCGGUGUUAACGGAUCCCCACGGUGUGAGAGAGCUCAGGAUGUAGGCCGGUGAUCGAGCAGGAGGAGGAUCGAGCUCUGGGAUUUCCAAACCUGCGGAGAAAACAAAGACAAAGCGAUUUUUCUGCGCUUCAUGUGCCGCUCGGCGUCUGCUGAACAAGAUGAGUACAGACAGACCAAAACGCAACAUCAUCAAAAAGAAAUAUGACAUCAGUGAUGGGAUGCCAUGGUGUGAAGAGCGUCUGGUCCGGAAAGUUCUCUUCCUCUCCCUCAGGGAAUUCAGAGACACGCACCGAGCCGCACACAAACAACCACACAUACAAGCGUGCGCUACUAAGCGCACCACUAAAAACACAGUUUUACACGCUCCACAGAAGACGCAGACGCCAUCAAACACUCACGCGCAGAAACGACAGAGCGCGACUGCACCACCGCAGAAAGUCCCCAACAAAUCAACUAGCACACAGACGCUGAAAAACCAACAAGUCUCCAAACCACCGCUGCAUCACGAACACAACAAUAACAAAGGGCAGAAACCUCUGCCGUCUCAGGAUACAAACACGCCAAAAUGUCCACAUGCGCUCAGAAACACGCCAACACAACCACAUGGAGAGGACCAGAAGACGUCUGCAUCCACCAGGACACUGCGCUCUCACACCACACAGUUGGCGCCGUUGCCACCUAAACAGACACACAACAUGCAGCACAAACACUCAGUGAAGAACACACCUACAACGGCGAACACGCCAGCAGACACACCAACGCCGGCUCGGUCGCUGAGGUCACAAACGCCCACAAACCUCAAAGGCUCGGUGGUAAAUGGUCUCAGUCGGCGUCAGUCCCUCCUCUCAGCCAGUCCGACGUGGAUUAGAUCCUUACAGAGCAGACCCGGUCCUCCACAGCGCCGCCCUGCCAGCCUCCAUCAUGACAAAGAAGAUCCUGCCAGCAAGAGACCAAGGCUCCAAGCUCAGAGGAAGUUUGCCCAGUCUCCUCCAAACUCUCCGGGACCUCCUAUGUUGAUGACAUCAGCACGCAGUAAUAACCACGCCCACAGCCCGCAGUUAGGCACGUGUCUGACCCGACGUCGACCAAAGACGGAGGACUUCCUGUCUUUUCUUUGCUUAAGAGGCUCAGCAGCGUUGCCUAGCAACAUGGCCUUUUUGGCAAGUGGGCGAGAAAAGGAGCCCGCCAACACUCAGCAUCCUGCUUCCUCUCUGUCGACCAAUCACAGGACAGCAGCUCAGGGAAAGAGCACGAAGGUUCUCAGUAGAACAGCAGUGCAAAGAGACGCUCGACCUCUUAGGGGAAGUGGGCGCUCUGUGGAGGUCAGCGCCGCCACUACUUUGAGCGUCCGAGCAGAAAGGAGGAAGGAGAGGGAGAGGAGAGAGGAGGAUCUGCAGAGGAGGAGGCGGAGUAAAGGAGCAGAGGAAGACAAGAAAGAGGGACACCAGUUGAGACGACGCCAGCUCCCCCUACAGGUCAGGAAGAACAACAAGGUUGCCUUGGGGACUAAAGCCUCUGAACAAAGAGCCUCGUCUGGUAGGUCAGCCGCUCCCUUAAAACGGAGCACAGGGGUUCGCAGCAGAGGUUCAACCAGACCCUCGACAAGGCCGAGCAGUACCAGGAAACCCAAAGGCCAUCAACAAAGCAAACCCAAGGGAACCAACAAAAACCUCUCCAGGCAACCAAGCAACCAACAGCUGCCUCGCAAUCACCCCCUUCCUCCCCAGCGCCGAACAGUCUCCAACUGCUAUAGCAAUCCCAAGACCCUAAGCAGUCUCCAGAACUCAGGAACUAAUUCCCGCAGGUGUCCAGCUCAGACGCUGCUGGCUAAUGGCUCGGUUACGAGACGGCAGAGUGAUAACCUAAGGGUGUCCAGAAGGAAGAGAGGCCUCCCACCAGAUACCAGCCCUACCCCUCUUAAUCCUCAGGGCAACAACUCAACAAGGAAGUGCAGGACAACGCAAUACAAUCAUGUAGAUGUCCCAUCAGAGAGUGGUGAGAUUCCACAGAAGGAGACAAACUGUGAGCAAGUUAACGGGGAGGAAAAGGCAAGCCAGGAAGAAGUUGGAAAAGAAAGAUGUGGGGAUGUUGAUGAGAAGAUAUUACAGACGAACGGUUGCAUAAGUGAAGACUUACAGGACAAUGGUAACGCCGGAAGCACCACUUCCCUGGAGCCCUCAAAAGACUCAGCCAAAAUCGGUACAAACUGUUCACCUGGCCCGGUCAUCGAGGUCAGACAGGUCCGAGAGAGACGGAUCCAGAGAAACCAGCCUGCUUCAUCCACACUCCCUAGGCCAAUCACGAGGACUACUGAAUCUAGAGCCAGAGCUGCUGCUGCCGCGAGGACUACUGUUACUAAAGCUGCUAUCAACUCAGUGACUUCUACUCAACCAGACCCACCAGCCACUAACUCUGCCAAGCACACUGCUAAGGGUACUAACAAAGGUACUAGCAUUACCAAGUGUACUUCACCAGCAAGCAGGUACUCGACCCAUCACUCCAAAGGUGCUGCAAAAGACUCUUCCAAGGACACCACAGGGGAUUCAACUAAGGACAGUUCUAGCACUUCCAAGGGCUCUACAAAGGGCCUUACCGAGACCAAGACCACUACCUCAGCCGUUAAGACCAGGACCAGCCCAAGAAUCCUUCUGAAGCGCUGAUAUACAUAUUGAGAAUUUUAGAAGGUGGUUGGUAAAUAGUCAAAUGUGUGUGCUGUAUUUCAUAGGGAAAACAUGAUGGUGGUUGGCUGAUGAGAUAGUAUCCAAAAGGACAAAAACGUAAGCGUCUACUGUAUUCUGGUUUCUGUGUGUAGCUGAGAAGUAUCGAACAAUCAGAUUUGAGCAAAAUUGGGUUGUUUGCAGGAGAACAGUCAGGGCCUGAUUCACUUAGGAUGGUGUCACACUAGGGACUUGGAGGACUUUUGACCCCAAAGUCCAGUUCAGUUUAAUCAUGUCUGCUUGAAGAGCUGCUCUCUGGCAGGAUUAACGUGUGCUUGAGCAAAGAGGUGAAUGCAACCUUGCCAGAGUACUGGGUACAUGUCAGCCUCUGAAGUUAAUUUUAAACAUUCAACAUUUAAAGGUGGAUUGACUUGCAGGAAAGCUGCACAGUCCUUUUGUGAAUCAGGCACUCAGUGCAGUGAACAGAAAAGGUUUUGGUACAUUGGCUGAACUGAUAUUCCCAAACCAAUCAAUCGCCUGUCUCUGUAGGACAACUUAACAAUUCACUCAUCUCUGUAUUGAUCACAGCCUUGUUGUAGUCAUCACUCAUUAUCUCCUGUCUUUUUAACGUCUCAAGUGUCUUCGCAAUUUUAAAUGGGGCAAACAAAUGAAGCUGUAGCAAGAUCAUCUUCAUGGCUUAUCUGGAAUAUUACAGACUUAAUUCCACAUCAGAUUACAUGUGGAUCCCAUUGGCUGCUUGACCAGUGGGUUCUGAGAUUGACAUUUUGGCUCUUUUAAGGUUUCAAUGUGUUGUCAGAAUAGUAUUGGCCAACAAGGGAAGACAGGCUUUGGUUGUAAGGAGAGUAAAAACAUUAUCUGCCUACCACUGGGCCUUUUUAUCCAUUCAUUUAAAAGAUAUCUGCAUUUAAGAGCAAAUUAUCCAAUUGUAGAUACUAUUUUCUAAUCUCCAGCUUCCUUCUCACACCUUUAAUUGUAAAAUGCGAGGGAAGUGGAAACACUGGCCCUUUAUAUUUGAUGUCAGUCAUCAGAAAAGCCAUUAGUUGCACCAGAAGCUCAACAUUUUUGCAAAUGCCCUGAGACUUGAUGUUGAGAGCACUGAAGUUGCUGGACCUGCAAAUGUAAUAACUGCCCACUAACAUAAUUAACCACAAUAGUAAUAGAAAUAUGCAGCUUUUGAUGUUCUACUGCAAAUAAAAUAACUUUAACAUUUGCAGAUUUAUUACAUUUAUGGGGAGGUAAAAAUCACCAUCCCUCUAGAUUGUCUUAACUUCCUGCAAAUGUAAUGUGAACACAAAAAUGAAAUUUUUGGUCAUUGUUUAUUGUAGUCUUUUUACAGAUGCCAGUAGGUUCAAGUCAGUUUAAGCUAAAGCCAUGUCAAAAAAUAGUUAUAGCAUUUUUUUGUUUGCCAUGAAACAGGAAGUUGUUUUUUCCAGAAUCUCAAAGAACAAGUAGAACCAUGAAUCUUACCACAAAAUUUUUGAAUGAGAAAAGGAGAGGAUUGACAUCAAUUUGGGAAUAUUCUUCAGAAUCCAAGAGGUUUUCCUGAAUUAAGUCCUCAGAGGGGGUCAUCUGAUCCACGUCAAAGUCAUUUUACAAAAAAAUAACUGUUUUAUGUGACAAAACUCACAACGCUGUGCUGGCUUCCCCUAUUAAAGCAAGUUACUUUGUCUUAAUCAUACAAGGUAAAACUGCCUGGGACUAAAAACUAAUUUUGAAUGGACAGAGAUUUUAAGAUGAGUUUUGGCUCUACCAGUGUUUUAAGACUGGUAAAACAACUUCUUGUUUCACGGUGUACAAAAACUUGCCAUAACUCGAUUUUUGUUGUGACUUGAGCUUAAGCUGACUUAAACCCACUGGCAUUUGUAGAGAAUCACAAACAUUUAGUUUUCAUUUUCAUAUUGCAUUGUGGGAAAUAAUUAUUUUUAAAAGCCAGAGAUUAUUUAAUUCCCAAAAACAUAAUAAAUCCCUGUAAAUGUAACUUAUUAUAUUUGCUGUAGGGAACUGCUCUUACACUUGAGGGAAGUUUAUUGCAUUAAAACCUGUAGAUUUGUGUUAAAUUUGUAGGGAGUUGUAACUUGUGCAGGUGUUACAGGGCUUGCCUAUCUUGGUAUGCAAUCCAUUGAUCAGCUAACUGUGGGCCGGGUCAACCACAGACCUGGCCUUGGGCAUGCAUGAUGAUGGGUUCGCUGCGCAAGGCGAUGGGGUGCUCACUGUAUCCAAGCACACAGAUGAAAGUCAGUCUUUCAGUCCUUGGUCCCUUUGUUCUUGCUAAAAUCUUGUGAGACUUAGACUGGUGCCCAUUGACACCAGCUGGAUACCUUUGUGAUGACCUUGGUGUAUUUUUGGGUGUUGUUAGACCUUGUGUCUGAUGCUCAUGUGCCCAGGAGAGUGAGGAUGGGAUGGUUAGCUUCUGGAUACAGGAGCAGCAACAGGGCUUCUACAGACACCUGGCAUGCCUUCCUAAACCUGAUCCAGCUCACUCGGUACUAGUGCCUGGGACUCUAUGGGUUGGACUAGGUUUUGAGGCAGCGGUGUGGAUGGGUUAGACAGGAGGAUACCUGGAGAUAUGGGGCAUGGGCCUGGCCCAGGCCUGGACGAUGGCCAUCAGGAGGUGUGAGCAGUACAGGACCAAGGUUGACACGGCGAAGUGCCGAACCAGCAUAUUUGAGACCUAACUUUUGUCACAGUCAGUGGGUUCCUACAUUGGUUGGAUGGUGAUGUUUGGACUGUUUGCUUCUAUCUACACCCAUUAUUUGUUGUGCAAUCUUAAAAUCCCCUCGCCUUUAGUCUGAUGUGAAAUAUUCCUCUGGGAAUAAUGUCCAAAUUUUCUUCCAUUAUGGUGUAGCAUGUGGUGGUAAUCAAAAAACUACCAGACAAAUCUUCCUUUUCCAUGUGCUUCAUUGUUAAGAGUCCGUAUGGAAACUUGAGAAGUGAUCAUGUGGCCACACAUCAAAUAUGAAGCCAAAUCUUCCUCUUUAGAUAGGUCUUUAACAUGAUUACAGCAUCUCCACCGGUACAGUGACUAACACUGAAAAGUCAACAAAGAAAAUAUCUAUAAGCUUUGUGUAAUCCUGAAUCCUAAAGAUGUAUUACAGCAAGCAAAACCAGGUUUAUUGUUCAUACAGGAAGUCCGUGCUCUUUUGAGACAGCAGUAACAACCAGAGACCUUUGAGGAUGGCAGAAACAUCCACCCAUUUCAUCCACACUGCCUCUUGUGGCUACAAGAACCAUUUAUCAGCUUUGUCAAUCCUAAAGGAGGAAUUUGAAAGAUGCUUUGGUUUGUGGUUUCGGUAUUUUAGAGUCUUUCUGCUCCAUGAGGAGGGCGAAUAGCAGACCAUAUAUCAGUAAAAACUGGUGACAUGAUGCAGCCUUCACUGUUAACGAGGCCAUCAUGCUGUAUGAUAAGUGGCUGUGUAAAGGCCGGAUCAGAAAACACGAAUUCAGACAGAUUUUGACCUGACUUCAUGCCACCGCUUAUCGUCAAAUAUCAGGCCUGGAUGUUCACAUAGGGAAUGACAAAAGUGUGACAAAUCAGCAGUGCAUCCAGGACGCUCUACAACCACAAUUCAGCAAGAAUGCAUGUGAUGUCGCAGUCUGACUGCAAGUCGAUUAAGUGUUCCAGCUGCAAGUCAAUUAAGUGUUCCAGCUGCUGAGUGGCAAAAAGUUCAGACUGGUGACAAAAUUCAGUAGGGAAUGAGCAGCCAGCAGCUUUAUUUCAGCUGAAAAGUGUCAUCCAUCCAUCCAUCCAUCUUCUCCCGCUUAUCCUAGGUUGGGUCGCGGGGGCAGCAGUCUUAGCAGGGAAGCCCAGACUUCCCUCUCCCUUGGCCACUUCGUCCAGCUCUUCCCGGGGGAUUCUAAGGUGUUCCCAGGCCAGCCAAGAGACAAAGUCUCUCAAGCAUGUCCUGGGUCUUCCCUGGGCCUCCCGGUGGGACCUGCCUGAAAUGCCUCACCAGGGAGGCGUCCGGACCAGCUGUCCGAGCCUCCUCAUCUGGCUCCUCUCGAUGCGGAGGAGCAGCGGCUCUACUCCGAAUCCCUCGCGGAUGGCCAAGCUUCUCACCCUAUCUCUAAGGGAGAGCUCAGACACCCUGUGGAGGAAACUCAUUUCGGCCGCUUGUAUCCGUGAUCUCAGUCUUUCAGUCACUACCUGCUCAUGACCAUAGGUGAGGGUAGGAAUGUAGAUCGACAGGUAAACCAAGAGCUUUUGAUUCAGCUCUUUCUUCACCACAACAGACCGAUGCAGAGACCGCAUCACUGCCGACGUUGCACUGAUGCACCUGUUGAUCUCCCGCUCUAUUCUUCCCUCAUUUGUGAACCUGACCCUAAGAUACUUGAACUCCUCCACUUGGGGCAGGAUCUCAUUCCCAACCUGUAGAGUAGUAGUAGGCUUGCCAUGAGCCUCUGGCUGCACUGUGGAUGUCCCAAGGCCCCAAAAACUGUUGGCGGUCUCCAUGAGAAAUGUGCAGACAAAAAUAUAUGCAGUCGAGCUUGACCUUGGCCACCAGUGACACGCAUGUGUGUCAACAUGUGUUAAGCUUAACUUAAUCCAUCUAAAUGGAUAUUGGUCUGGUUUCCUCCCUUUGUUCAUCCUUUUCCCAUUGAGCAAACAGAAGAAUUUCUUGCCACUCUACCUGCCUACAGGUGAGCGUAUUAAAACAUAUCUCUGUUUUUCAUUUACCAGAGUGAUAGCCGCCCAAUCCCUGGGGGGUAUCUUCUGUUUACAUACAGCAAAGCUAGCAUCGCUACCCCACAUAGCAGUAGUUAGCCUAGCUCACUGGGUUAAUAUCAUAGCCAUGUUCUCACAUAGGGCUGCACAGUGGUGCAGGGGUUAGCACUGUUGCCUCACAGCAAGAAGGUCCCUCGUUCACUUCCUGGUCACAUCCCUGUGUGGAGUUUGCAUGUUCUUCCUGUGCAUGCGUGGGAUCUCACCAGGUACCCCUGCUUUCUCCCACCACCAAAAACAUGCAUUAGGUUAAUUGGUGACUCUAAAUUGGACAUAAGUGUGAAUGUGAGCUUCCCUGGUCGUCUGUCUCUAUAUGUCAGCCCUGUGAUUGACUGGCGAUCAGUCCAGGGUGUACCCUGCCUCUUGCCCAAUGACAGCUGGGAUAGGCUCCAGCCCCCCACAACCCCAAACGGGAUAAGCGGUAUAGAGAAUGGAUGGAUGGAUGUUCUCACAUUUGUAUCUCCGGGUCUCUCUGAAGGAUAGCCAGCCCAUGUUGUCCUCCACAAGCGUUUUUUUCUUUGUUGUUUUCAUAAUUUCAGAGCACAAGAGGGCUAGAUGAACACAGAUCUUCUCCUGUAGCCAUGUAGACACUCUUAGACCCGCCUCCCAGACGACCUAUGAACUGUCACUGUCCCAAAGACAGCAGGUAACGUCACAACAACAGCAGACGAUGAUUAACCAGGAUGUAGCGUGGCCAGUCUGUCGGCUGAGACAGGAUGAGAUUUUAUGUCCUAGUCUGACAAAGAAUCGUGUGGUCUGAUCCGGCCAAAAGUGUUACUGAAGGUUCAAGGAGAAUUUCAGGUGCUAUCAGGUGCUAUUAGCUUACUCAUUUAGUGAUUUUGGAAUGGUUGAAUAGAAGAGUGGUAAACUUUAUGUCUGUAUUAAAUCAAAUUAGUACAUUAAUACUGCACAUUUCCUCUCAGUAGAGCCCCUGUGUGCAGAAAAGAUUUUGAUGUUAUAAAAAGUUGCAGUAAUUCCCUCAUAUUUGAACACAUAGGGGCUUUAUGUGAGUGACUAACAAAUGAAUUUGUAAAUGAGUUAUUUAUACUCUGUCCAUACUUCUGUUAAUGUGGCUUUUUUAUGAGUGUGUUAAUUUAUGGCUGACAUGUUAUGAAUAAAGGCAUGAAUCCAUCUCAUGGUUAAAUGAGAUUUAAUAAGCGGACAGUGAAAGAAUGGUAACUCUCUGUCCCACACUUUAUACUUUUAAACACAAUGUAAUUAAGAAACUAAUUUCCUUUUAACUGAUUCAAGCUGUCUUUCCACCUCUUCAUAUUUUAACAUGCAUUAAAAAUGUGAGUUUAGGUCAAAGUUAAGUUUUUUGGAUAUUCUAUUUUUUCUUUAAAGUCCCUGUCGAGGGGGUUUAGAACCUCCAAAGGGGGUCAAGUAUGGUUCAUUAGAUCACCGUAAAGACAAGUGUACUGUACUCGGGCACCAUCUCUGAGUCUUCUUACAUACUGUAGGUUGUCUGGGGCAUGAUUUGUGUUUUUAGGCCUGUUCACAACCCUGCUCAAGUAAGGGUUACUCGUUAGCUAGCAGAGUUGCAAAGUUGUUUGUAAACCUCUCCUGUCUGUUGAAAAACUGAUGUAUCCAUGCAGCAUCGGUGCAUUUCAUCCUCUGAGCUGCAUGGUAGAUGUAGAAGUUUGAAUAGGGUUGUUUUUUGUGCUUAGCAAUGAUAAAAAACAUAGAAGCCUUCAGGAUGGAUCCCAUUUUCUGCAUGGGAGCACAUACAAAUGUCGACCUACAUGGCUUUGGUUGCUUGCCAUCAGGGCAAUCCCAUCCAUGCAUGGCAUUAAACAUCUGCAUAAUGUGACAACACUCUGAAAGUACAGGAAUUUUACAGGCUGGAGGUUUUAGUUUUGAGCUCUUUCUUAAUUGGUUGAAUGCCUUAGGCCGGCCACAUACUACCGGAUUUUAAUCCUGAUUUUAGGCAAGAUUUGACCCCCCCGAUGAUCGUGGGGGCGUAUACUGACUGGAGCGAGCACACUGGGUAGCGUCACCAGACGGACCAUACGUAGUCUUACCGCUCACAACCAUAAACACAACUGUAACUUAAUUCCAGCCAGGAUUUCGUC